CGGCUCACAGCAAAGAGAGCUGUGUCCUGUGGAGGGGAACUUCGGGCUGCUCCGGGUGUGGCUUCAAACGUGAGAAAUCUCCAAGAAUGCGCUAGCAGACGUGCGGACUUUAACGAGGCGAACAGACCACCGCGGGACAAGUUUUAUUGAUCGUGAAUACCUGAAGCGCGCACUGGGAACCAUGGGUUGUACGGUCAGUCAGGAAGACAAGGCAGCGGCGGAGCGGUCGAAAAUGAUUGACAAAAACUUACGAGAGGAUGGUGAAAAAGCGGCGAGGGAAGUGAAGCUGCUGCUGCUCGGUGCUGGAGAGUCGGGCAAGAGCACCAUUGUGAAGCAGAUGAAGAUUAUCCACGAGGAUGGCUACUCAGAGGAGGAGUGCAAACAGUACAAAGCUGUGGUCUACAGUAACACCAUCCAGUCCAUCGUCACCAUCCUCAAAGCCAUGGACCACCUCAAGAUCAGCUACGAGGAUCCGGCCAGAGCGGACGAUGCGCGGCAGUUGUUUGCUCUCUCCUCCACAGCAGAGGAGCAGGGGUCCAUGCCUGAGGAACUGGCCAACGUCAUCAAGCGUCUUUGGGCUGAUGGUGGCGUGCAGAGCUGCUUCACACGGGCCAGAGAGUACCAGGUCAACGACUCCGCUCCAUAUUACCUGAAUGACCUGGAGAGGAUAUCCAGACCGGACUACAUCCCCACACAGCAGGACGUGCUCAGGACCAGAGUGAAGACCACAGGCAUCGUAGAGACUCACUUCACCUUCAAAGACCUGCACUUCAAGAUGUUUGAUGUUGGCGGUCAGCGUUCAGAGAGGAAGAAGUGGAUCCACUGUUUUGAAGGAGUCACCGCCAUAAUAUUCUGUGUGGCCAUGAGCGCGUAUGACCUGGUGCUGGCAGAGGAUGAGGAGAUGAACCGUAUGCACGAGAGCAUGAAGCUGUUUGACUCCAUCUGUAACAACAAGUGGUUCACCGAGACGUCCAUCAUCCUGUUCCUCAACAAGAAGGACCUGUUUGAGAAGAAAAUCCAGCACAGCCCUCUGACCAUCUGCUUCCCUGAGUACACUGGCCCCAACACCUAUGAGGAUGCCCAGGCCUACAUCCAGGCCAAGUUCAUGGAUCUGAACCGGAGGAAGGACACAAAGGAGAUCUACCCUCACUUCACCUGCGCCACAGACACCAAGAACGUGCAGUUUGUGUUCGACGCUGUCACCGACGUCAUCAUCAAGAACAACCUGAAGGACUGCGGACUCUUCUAACGCUCCACACAAGCACAGAUUACUUGAACAGUUGAUAUUGAUGGGGAAACCGUGCACUGGCUCCAGCUCCGAUCUCCACUUUUUCUAAACAGACUGAGACCAAUCCUGCACCACACACAUUUAAGACCAUAUUUUAUUAUUUUAUUCUUUAUUUCUUGAGUGAGAGGAAGGAUUUUAUAUAUACCGUACAUUCAUUUUACCUUUACCUUGAUGUGCAAAUUAUUCUACUUUUAAUCAUGUUAUUUUUAAAAAGAGAACGACGAUGUGCAGAUAUGGGACAUUGUAACAUUUCAAUGAAAUAUUCAUGUGUUUUUAUAUAAUGUUUACAAAAAAUCAUAGUUGACCAUAUUGUAUUGUGCAUAAUGGAAAUUGGAACAGCCAUUUUCUGCACAAAAUUAUCCAACAUUCCAAUAAAAUAUUUCAGAAAACCUGUCAGAAUUGAUGAAAAAUGUCAAUUGAUAUUUUGCAGCUGAUGUCAUCAACAUUCCCUGGGGGUUUGAAGCUAACUAGAGGCACUGCUCUGUCUUAAGCAAGUUAACUGAUUGACUGAAUUGACUUAUCUGAAAAUAGAACAGGAGAGCUGAUUUGUGCUGUUAAGUCUUUCUCAAAUGACAUUAGUCACCAGUUAGCUAACAUUAGCCAACAGUUUUUCAGUUAGUCACUCACACUUGUAAAUGGACCAUGAAUGCUUGUAUUGACCACAGGCUCACACAAAUGUUUGUCUAAAUCAGUUUUGUAGUGUUUCUUGUUCUCAGACAAUCUAAAAAGUAUUUGGCAGUGUUUGCUAAUGUGUGCAUUGCAUUUGUAACUGCAGAACAUUCAGCCAUAAACAUAGAUGCAGUGCAUCCCCAGCGUGAUGUCACUGCAAAUUAUCAAUUCUAUUUCAAGUGUGUAUAAUUUAGUUCAUAAUUUUUUCAUUUCUGUUGCAGUAUGUUGUGCCUUGACUUCAGUUUACAAUGACUCCUAAUGUAGGCUUAUAUUCCCUGUAGUACUGUCUGACCUACUGUUCUCCUCUACACAUUUUAUUCCUCCAUUUUUCUGCUUAGCACCUGUCAAUUCAGUAUAGUGAUUAUUAAUGAGACGAUAUCUAAUUCAGAAAAAAAGGUUAGUGUUUUUGGUAAAUAUUAAAUGCUUAAAGUCCAUUUAUGGUUUAAUUUAAAUAAAACUAGAGAUCACCUGCAGUUGUAUGACUUUACUCUCAUUGUGUUGCAUACAUACUUUGUACAUUGAAUUCUGAUCAUGUAUUAAAAUGCUCAACUUUG